AUGGGCACGAGGCUCUGGCGGAGAUGUUGUGUUCACAAGUUCAAGUUUCUCUUAGUUGUACUUGUUAUAGCUUUGUUUAUUGGGGAGAUUGGAUGUUUCUGCCUGUGUUUUGUAACAUGGCGGAUGCCUCAGGCUUCCAGCGACUCAUUAAAUCUGCUCUUUGUUUCGGAUUCUCAAAUUCAGGUGAGUUUAUCAUGUAAGGAAGCCCUCGACAUGCGUCAGAAAUCAUAUUUUACAUCGGACUUGAAUGCUUUAUCCUAUUAAUUUUUCAAUCUCUGCAGCCUCGCAUACGAAAGGGACUUUUAUCUUAGAGAACCUCUUGUCAAUAUCAUAAAAUUUAUAACCAAUAGUGCCUUUUACUACCCGGCCUAGAAUCGCUUGGAAUUCUUAAAACUUCAAUAGGUUAAUGGAUUGCUCUUCUGGUUUGAAAAUUCAUUUUACUUGCCUUGUUUAUAUUAUGGAGAACAUGGUAUUAAGUACAUUUGUAUUGUAUUGAGGUUAUUUACUAGAUUGGAAUAGAUAUCAUAGUGUUGAUAUCAUUAGAGUUAAUGUCUAUUGCUAGGUGAUGUUUUAGAUAUAUUUUUGGUUCAUGCCCACUAACUCCUUAUUUACGUAUCAUCUUCACUCUCUAUUUAUGAUCACACAGCGAGUCUUCUUCAAAAUAUAAAUUCUUCAUUCGUGGCCUUUGUAGCUAAGGUGAUUGAAGCGCCAAACUAGAGUGUGGCAGUUCGAAUACCGUCAAAGUCUGAAGUUUUUCAGGCUUCAUUUCUGUAACUUCUUCAAUAUUGUAACGCAGCUGUGAGGAUCAUUUCUUAACUUCUAUCUUCUGCUGGUCAAAAUAUAAUGGUCAUUUAUCGUUUGCUUUUACCCGCAUGGGUCGGAGAGUGAGCAGAGCUGAGCGAUUUGAUCUGAUUUAAGUAUUAGUUGUAGUUAUGAAUCGCAUGCUAUGGUCAAGUCACAAGUUGAAACACUUUGAAACUUAUUACCAUUUACGUAUGUUCUGAAAACAAAUGGUGAAAGCCUAUUUUUUUUAGACAGGGAACCUUUACAUCUGAAUAUCUCAUGUUCAUAUCGUGGUAACGUAUCUAUUCCCCUCAAACCAUACCAUUUCAUAUUGGUUAUUCAUACCAAGUCAUGUCAUAUUAUGCCCUCGAGCCAAGUACUGCGAAUCUUACCUUUAUUUAGCGGUGAUCUGUCACCCUUCAUGAGGCCUGUUACCAAACUUUGUUUGAGAUUUGAUUCACAGCAUUCCGUUUGUCCUUUCCUUCUUCUCUCACUUUUCUACAGAACUUACUGGCUUUUAUGGUAUCUUAAUGUUAGGGUUACAGAGGCGACCGUCCAGGAAUUCUUGGUUACAUAACACGCUUUGAUUCUGACUGGUACCUGAAGAAGGCUUUCUUCAUGGCAUUGACAUCUUUCUUCCCAGAUGCUGUCAUUCAUUUAGGUUUGUGAAGAGAAAAAGUAUAAGUAAGAUGGAAUUUACGGCGAUCUAGAAACAAUUAUUCCAUGCAAGGACAAAAAUAAUCUCUUUCUUUGUCACAUGGCCAGAAAUCGGGGACAGUCAGCUGUCAACAACGCGGGCGCCACAGGAACUAUGUUUCAUCCUUUUGCACCUAUGUAGUGGGUUCGACCAAAGUUUUGAAAAAAUGUCAAAUGUCUCUUUUUAUAAGACACUGAAUUCUCUAAACAGGUUUAACUGAUUGUGAGAUUAACCAGGGAAGCCUGUCUUUGCUUAGUGUUAAUUUCAUCUGCACGGUGACACUCGAAUAUUGGCAUGAUAAAACUUAAUUUUUACUCUGUAGUUCCAAAUUGUUUGGUACUUGUUUAGUGACAAAUUAUUAUUAAGUGUAUUCAUAUACGUAGACAGUGUUCCAAGUUGCAACCGUUUUGGUCGCUAGGGCGAGUGAAAAUAAAUUUGGCGAUCGAGAUUUUCACCCGCAACUGGGACAUAUGUUUUAAGAGCUGCGAUCAUUUAAGGCCAGCAGAAAAUACUUUAAGGCUUUGUAACCACUCUUAAUAGCAAUGGCGUUCGAAAGGAACCGUCUUAGGUCCAGAAAACUGCUCGCAAAUCGCUUCUUCUUCGCAUUGCUAAGUCUGAAAAUGGAUUUUUAGAAUUCGCCUAUUUUACGGGAAAAAUGACCCAUUAAAACAAGAAUUCAGUCUUGAGGGUUCAAAUCUCACAGUUCAACUUUUUCCUUAGCGGAAUGGACGCUCGGAAGUUGGAAGGACGUGUUGGUGGCCGUAAUUUUGAUUGAGAGGAAGGUAUUCAACCAAAAUUACAGAGCCAUGUAUGGGAAAUGAGCAGACUGUAGAGCGACGGUUGGGAACCCAUCCAGCAUGCUCUCGAGAUGCUUCGAAUAGACUCGAUUUAACAAUUUGAUCUUCUCCUGAAGCUUCAGACGUUCGCAUGUGAGUAAUUUCCCCUCUGACUUGUGCAAUCUUUAAAAGUUUUCUUUUUUCUCUUACGAAGCCUUAAACGAGCGGAAUUUUAAAUCUCAGUAAAGGAACGCAGAGCGCAUGCUUGGACGCCAUGUUGUUGUCUUCGAUUUCUGGCCGUAUGAGAAAUCGAUCAUCAAACUCACCGAUUUCUCGGCGGAUUGACGCUCUGAGAACCCAUUGCGGAGUUCGACCAACUACUCGCAUAAUUUGUGCUGAUCAUUGUGCUUGUUGUGAUCGCUCAUUAGAGACAUUCGGUUGUAAUAGGUGAUGUAUUUGAUGAAGGAUCCAUUGCUACUGCUGAGGAAUUUCAAGAGUAUAAGGUAACACGACUUCAUGGUGUUACAAAUCACAUAUCCUAACAACAAUUAUAAUUUGUCACUUUUGAAUCUUUCGACCCGAGAUUUUGCUGUAUUAAAGAGAUUGCGGUCAUAUUCAUGACAAUUUAGCACGCCUGUAACUUGUAGGAAUUUGACAUGGAAAAACUACUACAGAAUUGCUUUCAGAUUCUGGACUAGUAAGAAAAUCCUCAAAAAAAAAAGUGAACUGAAUUUUCAAGUGCAUUUGUCCCCAAGUGUUCUCGUCGAGUCCUUCUGGUAUUUACCUCUCUUCCGUUGGGCCCUUGUCAUUACCUUUUCAUGGGUUCUCAAGGAAAAAUUUGCAAAGAACUCAUAAAAACUAACUUAGGUGCCUGCAGCGAAGGAAAAGAUAAGGGAGUGAGCUACGAUUUGACUGCAGUUUCAUAUUUGAUGGGUUGAGAUGGAAGCCUAAGUUUUCUAGACCAAUCAAGGACAUGCACUCAAUAAGGACAUUUCUUUGAGCGCUCAGUGGAAAUUAAACUCAGCUCUGUUCAGAAACUUGUUAGCAGAGUCAGUUGACGGGAACGGAAGGAGGAGUGGCGAGCUUCAAAGACCGAAGAUAUUGUAAUGGUUUUCGCUUAAUAAAGAGAUUGAAACCUAGCACUCCGAAUCCAAUACGGCGCCAAGUUCAUACCCAAAGUUGUUGGCUAUGAGCUAUCCUGGUUUCAGUAAGCGCAUCAUAUUUAUUUCAGGCUAGACACGAUAGGAUUUUUCAUACCCCGGCUGGAGUUUAUAGAAUUCAUAUAGCCGGAGACAAUGACAUUGGAGGCGAAUCGAGCGAUAUUAUUACAGAGGAAGAAGUGGCAAGAUUUUCAGCAAACAUGGGCCCACUAAACGAUGUUAUAAAGCUCAAGUACACGUUUCAGAUAGUGAAGGUAAUCCUUUACCCUCUUAGUCAAAAGGCGUGAAUUUGGGUAAGGCAAAGUUGGUAUCUAUUUCAAAGCUAAGAAUUUUUAAAAAAUAACGAGGUAACAUUAUUUUCACUUGGUGUCACAUUAAUGUAUCAAGAAAAGCUGAUCAAAUUCAAAGACAAUGCCCUUUGUUUAGUGUCUCAAAUAUGGCCAUAAAAGGAUAUCUUGAAACAAUAGCUUUAUAGCCAAACGAUGGGUUAUUAAUUCACUAGGGGAAUUCAAACUCGCUGCCAUUACAAUAGUGAAAUUUACGAGGUCAAUUCAAACAUAGCCGAUUACUGCACGAGCGCGAAAUUUGAAUAUUUGGCGAAAGCGCGUUUAUGUCAAAUCUUGCCCUGGGGAGAAGGAGGGAGUUACUUUUUGUUCAAGGUCACUUGCUACUCAGGGAGGGUCGGCCAAGACACAGAAUGUCGCAACUGAGAGACUGACAAAGAGUGAUGAAACCAAACGAAAUUUGAAUCAGUGUGAAUGGUCACGAAUGAAGUUAAAACCGAUUUUUAUUUGUUCGGUAUUUUAGAAAAAAGAGCGUGGCUAUAGUUUGACGAUUGAAAAUAAUUAUUAUAUGAUUAUUCUCUGUUUUUAUAAUCAUUAAUAAAAAUUUUGUUAUGGAACUUUCACAGAUAAAUUCAGUGAGCUUGCUAAGAAGGAGGCCCUUCGUAUCGGAAUGGAAGAUCUAUAAUGACACAAUGGCCUUUAUUGACGAUUUGCCCUCAAAGCUUGAUCCCGAUAGAAUUUCUAUUCUUAUUGGACACGUUCCGCUUACUCAUACAAGUGGAAGCCAGGUAGUUCCAGUGAUAAAGGUAAGCUUUUCCCGGAGAUUAUGUAUCAAUUACGGAGCAGUUCCAUGAUUUUUUGACAAAAGAAGAAGACUGUUAAAUAAUUUUGUAGGCAUAUGUGUCUUCCUGACAAUUCAAGUCCGUGAAACACUGAAGCUAAAAUGAAGAGGUACUUUGAAGAUUGCCCAAUUCAAUCCAAAAAAACUAACCUAAAUUAAAAAAAAACGAUUAAACUCAGUCUCUGAGAGUUUUCACAAAGAAAGAUUUCAGGUUGAGAGGUGGGAUCUUCGGUCUUAGCCUCGUCAUCAGUCCUCGUUUAAUUUCUCUCAAACACGCAAUACUGCCUUAUUACGUACUACUGCCUUAUUACGUACUAACUGAGGGAUCUGAUGCUUCUGUUGAACUAAAUUGAAACUUAUCAUUAAAGUUGUUUAAGUAAAGUGAUGCAAUCAUUUUGCUUUACAAAUGAACGUGUUUCUCAUCUCAUGUCCUAGUUAAUAGAGGCUGUUCAACCACAGCAUGCUUUCUCAGGACAUAUUCACAAGGUACGUAUUGCAAUAAAUACGUUUAGCAUGCAGAAUUUCAUGUGAAAGUAGUAAUAAACGUUGACUUGUGAAACUAAGUGAACUCAUCUCGAGAAAACCUGCUGACAAGGACACAGUUUAGGAGCAAUGCAACAGGAGGCAAACGUUUAAAAACAGUUUUAAUUCUUAAAAGUGUUUUUCGAUAGUAUCAAGUUUAACUCGUUCCCUUCACUUUUCAAAUAGCAUUUAGUUUGUUUUUCUUCCCGUCAGCUCGGAAUUUUAGCAAUGUACGAUCUGUUUACUGUAUUUUGUUUACUGAAUUUAUUUGCAAUGAUCCAGAUUACCACUGAGGUGCUGUUUUAUCUCAAAGAUAUCUUUUCUUCCAUGCUGUCAAUGCUCGUGAGCAAAUGCAGCAAAUAGGCUGGUCAUUAGUUACAAUAGUAAUUAUGGAAAGAUAUAAAUCAAUGAUAUUUUGACCUGAAGAUUAGAUAGCAGGUCGCGAGAAGAGGAGUCUGAAAAUUUAGUUUUCGUGAGAUUCGAACCUGUGCCUCCCAGAUACUAACUGGUCGUCACCGCUAACUGCGCCUCAGAGCCACAUAUCGAAGGCCAGGCAAAUUCACUAAGUUCUCCCAUCCUUGUUCAGAGAGCCACGAUCAACCACAAAAUUGGAACAGUGACGUUUACAGAGCAUGUUGUUCCAACAUGCAGCUAUCGCAUGGGAACAGAGAAGAUGGGCUUUGCUGUAGCAGUUAUUGGUGGGUUAAAUUCUCCUUACUGUCUAUCAUACAAUUCUUAUGAUGUCAUCAUCAUCAUCAUUAUUAUUAUUAUUAUUAUUAUUAUUAUUAUUAUUAUUAACAAUUAUUUUUAUUACUUUCUUGAUCAUAACAAUAACCACUACAACCAUCUUUAUUAUCCUUAUCAUCUUCUUUUCAUAGGUGUGGAUGGCUCUAUUGUUUUCUCCGUUCUACCAUUGCCCAAAAGAUACCCAUUUCUAAUGACGUAUUUAGGAAUCAUAUGUGUAUUUAUUGUAUUUGCACUGCAAUGGCACUGCAAUGGUUAAUCUCGAUGAUAUUAUUUUGUUUGGAGAUAGUUUUAGACGGGACAUUAGUUUUGUUUUCAAACUUUCUUUAAAAUUUAGUGACACUAGACUUAAGAAGAGUUAGUUACCUCGUUAAUAGGGUUCUCUUCUCCCCGCCCUUUGGAGCGAGAGAGACUGGGGAGUAGUAAGAAGAAAAGAAGAGAAUCCCUUGAGACGAGUUAGAAGUGUAUCUGGGUUAUUCCGCAAGAAAUUUGAAAUUAUCACAGAGAAUAAGUAGAGGAGGAGCGUAUACGUUUACGGCAU